AAUAGAGCAGUACCAAGAUUGCCGAUACCUAUCAGCGUGCGAGGCCACAUGGAGGAUAUUCCAAUAUGAUAUUCACAUGCGAAGUAUAGCUGUCAUAUGUCUUCACGUGCAUUUACCAGGAGAACAACUAUUAACACUAAAAGAUACUCAGAACAUAGCUGAGGUUGUGAAUGAUGACACCGCACAACAAACAAUGUUCACACAGUGGCUAGAAAGAAAUAGCCAUGAUGCUGAAGCACGAGCUCUAACUUACGUGGAAUUCCCAAGUAAGUUUGUGUGGAACCAAAGAGUCAGGGUCUGGAGUGGAGAACAUCAACAAUUGAAGUAUGUAAAACAAUGGACAAAGAGAAAACAAGGUAACUGCCUUGGAAGAAUAGCAUAUGUCCACCCAACAGCGGGCGAACGUUAUUACUUACGAUUACUUCUUAACUCCACCCGAGGACCAACAUCAUAUGAAGACAUACGCACCAUAAACAAUGUUCUCCACCCAACUUUCAAAGCAGCGUGUUACGCACUUGGAUUGCUAAGUGACGACAAAGAAUGGAUAGAAGCUAUCCAAGAAGCAAAUGAAUGGGCCACGGCAAAUCAAGCGCGAGAGCUUUUUGUUACAAUCCUUCUUUUCUACGAGGUGACAGACCCCACCCAGUUCUGGGAGAACACCAAAAACAUUCUUCAAGAUGAUAUCUUGCACAGAAGAAGAAAAAUGUACCGCCAUCCAGACCUGCACCUUACACCAACACAAAUACAAACAUACUGCCUCCUGGAGCUUGAUAAAAUAUUACAGCGGUUUGGUAAAACACUCUCUGACUUCCCGUCCCUCCCGCAACCUAGCAUCAGUGAGAUCAGUUCAUUAGAUAAUAGAAUGAUCCGAGAGGAACUAAGCUACAACAUAACUGAAAAAAGACCCCCUAUACACACACCACACUCGCAAUAUAGUUUACAAGGAGGUCUUCAACAAUAUUACCCAGGAAAAAGACAAUACAAGUCCAACACUGCAGAACGACAACAUCACUAAAUGAGGCAUACAUGUAUGGAAAUCCAUUAAUGAGUCUUUACGAAACAAAGCCUAUACUGGACCAGAAACUGUGCUUGGUGCUGAAAGGAAUGCUGCUAUUUUGACACCAAAAGCUGGUGCAAAGGAUCCAUGUGCAAUUCCUUUAAAAUGUCACAUAUCUGCUGCACUUCAGUCUACUGCAGGUACACAACAUUAAACUGACAAGAGACAAAGGAAUUUUACUACUUCAUGAUUCAAAUGACAAAGAAACUUAAUCUCAUCUC